GUCUCUUAUUCUUGGUUCUCUCUCCGAAUUCUCUCGAUCGCAUCAUGGUCGAACUCCUCCCCAUUUUCAGAAAGGCCUAUUGGACGCUGGCCGGGGCCGGUCUGCUCUAUGUGGCCUUUGUCUGUUCCAUGACAUAUCCCGAUGUACAACGCUUUCUCCUCUAUGCAAACAAGAUCAAUCCUACAGUAUGGGAGGAUGUCAAUUUGGUUGAGUCUUUCGGCUUCUUGAAGACGCAGGUCCAGCCUUUUAACUUGGUGACACCGGACAAUGAAACCCUUUAUGGCUGGCAUUUAAUCCCUCCUCACCUGUGUCUGGAUCAUGAAGAGGAAUUGGAAGCAAAUGAGCCUUCCGGACCUGCCGAGGAUUAUACUAAAACGACGGCAUACAAACUCCUCGCGAACGACCCGAAUGCAAGGGUUGUCGUCAGCUUUCAUGGCAAUGCUGCUCAUCUCGCUUCUGCUCAACGACCCGAAAUCUACCGUAUGCUCUUGGGCUUGUCCACACCUUCUCAUCCCAUCCAUGUGUUCGCCAUUGACUACCGUGGAUUCGGCGUGUCUACUGGCUCCCCAACUGAAGAAGGGUUGAUCACGGAUGGCGUUUCCCUGAUAAACUUCCUCACUGCUGGCCCCUUGAAAGUCUCUCCCUCCCGGAUCGUCAUUAUGGGCCAGAGUCUGGGAACCGCUGUGAGUGCUGCAGUGGCAGAGCGCUUUGCCUUCGGAUCCCCGGACCCAACUGCCAUCCAGCCUGCCCUGAAGGACCCAGAGCCCUUUGCCGGCGUGAUCCUCAUGGCGUCUUUCAGCAACCUACCCAGCCUGGUUGAAUCAUACAGCUUCAAGGGCUUCACGCCACCGAUGCUCUCGCCCCUCAUGGGCUACCCGCGUGUUCAGAACUGGGUCAGGCGCCACAUUCUUGAUCGCUGGGACACGGCAGCUCGUGUUGCGCGCUUGACCGGUGUUGGACCGACGGCGCAAAACGACUCGUCUACUGGAUAUGCUAACAAGGAACUGGAUCUGGCUAUCGUGCAUGCGCGGAACGAUGUGGAAAUUCCAUGGUACGAAGGCCAUCGUGUCUGGACAGCCGCAACGGGCCAAAAUAACAAGGAUGCCCCUGGGACCAUUGUCUUGCAAAAGAAAGCGGCUGAGGGUCCUGGUGAAGUGCUCGUUUGGGAAAACCGAUCUCCGAAUGGGGCUGGAGCGGUCAAGAAGGUCCGCUGGGAGCGCGUCACCUACGGUGGCCAUAACCGUGUCGCCACUUUCUCUACCGCCGCACUAUCCGUGCUCAGAGCAUUCGAAGAGUAACUGAUCCAAAAGUCCUAGGGAACCCUUUUUGAAUCUAUUAUAUUAUAUCCGGAAUUUCCUACAUACGAAAACCCACAUCUGUCUGGGGUUAGAGAAAGAGUGUGAAAUAGAUAAAAUAUGGAAGUGAAAUACAUGCAAUAUACAAUUCAAAACCAAAUCAAACCAUAUUCUGUAUCUAGAUGACGAGAGGAGAUGCUAAUUA